AGUCACGCUGAAGCUUCGUCGACCCGUGCCUGGCUGCCUGGCCAAAUUUCAUGUACUUUCCAAAAUAUUUCUUUUUUAAGCCCCUUUUCUCCUUCUCCAAAUCCCCCUUUUCACUUUCUCAUAGUCGAAAACCCUAGAUCUCAACCCACGUUCGAUCAUCAAAGCGAUCUUGGAGCUGAUCUGGUAUCGCUCUCUUUGAAUCGAACCAGAACCAUCAAUGGCGGAUCAGACGGCGAAGGGCGACGAUUUCGAGAAGAAAGCGGAGAAAAAGCUCACCGGGUGGUCCUUUUUUGGAUCCAAAACCGAUGAAGCCGUCGAUUUGUACGAGAAGGCCGCCAAUUGCUUCAAGCUCGCCAAGAACUGGGAGAGAGCUGGUGCCGUGUACAUCAAAUUAGCGAAUUGUCACUUAAAGUUGGAUAGCAAGCAUGAAGCUGCCUCAGCUUAUGUAGAUGCAGCAAACUCUUACAAGAAAUUUUCAAUGCGAGAUGCUGCUAAUUCCCUGAACCAAGCUGUAAAUCUCUUUUUGGAGAUCGGCAGAUUAAAUAUGGCCGCAAGAUAUUGCAAGGAACUUGGUGAAUUAUAUGAGAAAGAACAAGACAUUGAGAAGGCUAUGGACUACUUUGAGCGAGCUGCUGAUCUUUUCCAUAGUGAGGAGGUAACAACUUCUGCAAAUCAAUGCAAGCAGAAAGUUGCUGAAUUUUCUGCUCAGCUAGAACAAUACCCAAAGGCAAUUGAGAUCUUUGAAACAAUAGCACGCCAGUCGAUGAAUAACAACCUUCUUAAGUACAGCGUUAAGGGUAUUCUCCUGAACGCUGGAAUUUGUCAACUAUGCAGAGGAGAUGUUGUAGGAAUUACAAAUGCCUUAGAGCGAUAUCAGGAACUUGAUCCAACCUUUUCAGGGACACGGGAAUACAAACUUUUGGCUGACUUAGCUGCAGCAAUUGAUGAAGAAGAUAUCGCGAAAUUCACUGAUUGCAUCAAAGAAUUUGAUAGCAUGACAAGGCUGGAUCCCUGGAAAACAACACUUCUGCUUAGAGCAAAGAAUACACUCAAGGCCAAGGAAGACGAAGAGGAUGAUCUGACUUAAAAGAGCUCACUUAGAUCUAAAUUUAUGUGCUGCCAUUUGAUUUGUUUUACUCAGUUCGUGGUGCUUAUUUCUACUCUCAGUUUAUGUAAUUAACUGCAAGCACAUUGGAGAUGUACGUAAGGUUUGAGAAUGCAUAUUAUGGAUUGAUAUGUUUUCAUUUUUUGUGAAUUUGUUUCUUUAAUAUGUUGUUGCUGAUAGGCAUUAUCAAGACAAUGAGGAGAUUGGGUUUUGGAUUUA